AGGAGGUGAACCGACGGAUCGGCGACGCGCGGGAAGAAGAGAGAGGACGAAGAUACGCGGGGUCCGGUCGGCCGGAGCAGAUUCCAGGGAAAUCGCGAGAAUCCUACCUUCGACAAGUACACGGGACGAGUUUGUUUCAGCCCUCAGCCCGCGAUACGAUGGCGACGACUACGCGUCGCUCGAGAGCGGCCGCACGUGGUCGGUUUUGAGGUUAGGCGGAGCGCGCGGCGGAGCCUCUUCGAGGAAGUACGUUGGUGUCGCGCGAAUAAAGAGAGGAAGAUAGGUCUUUCGGGAUGGAGGUCGACGUGGGCGACGUGGUGAUGCCGGGCGACAGUUUGAAGAGCGUCACGCCAGUCAAGAAGGAGAGAAAGAACGAGAAGGAGACCGUGAUCCUGGGUCCCGGGCUGCGCCGCGAGGGCGACGCCGUGCUCGUCUGCAAAGCGGGCAUCCUGAGGAAGCGCGAGCCGGCCGUUUACUACGUGGACAGCUACCAGAAACGAUACAUUCCUAAUCGAGGCGAGACCGUGAUCGGUAUAGUGACGCAGAAGAGCAGCGACAUUUACAAGGUGGACAUCGGAGCGAGCGAACAGGCGACGCUGUCCUAUUUGGCCUUCGAGGGCGCCACGAAGAAGAAUCGGCCCGACGUGCAGGUCGGCGACUUGGUGUACGCCAGACUGUUGGUCGCCAGCAAGGAUAUGGAGCCGGAAUUGGUGUGCGUGGACUCGCAGGGCAAGGAGAACGACCUCGGUGUGCUGAGCUCAGACGGCAUGAUGUUCACGUGCUCGCUGAGCCUCGUGAGGAAGCUGCUCAAUCCGGAGUGCCCGUUGUUCAGGCUGCUCGGCCGGAAUCAGGCGUACGAGCUCGCCGCCGGGAUGAACGGCAGGAUGUGGAUCCAGGCGCGAUCGGUUAAGGAAACGAUAGCCGUGGGGAACGCGAUUCUGGCGGCGGAGUACACGGCGCCCGGCGAGAUGCAGAAACUCUGCGCCCGAAUCGAGAAGAUCCUGCUCCUCGUGGCGUAACGUCGGUGAACGGAAAAGCUACCUUGGGUCCUCAAUGCGAAGGAUUCGCAUCGAAGACUCGAUGUUUCUCCCGAGUGAAGUUGAGACGAAAUUGGAGAGUCGCAGCCUUGAAUUAGAGCAAAGGCAUUUUCGGGCCGGCCCCACCCUGGCAUGCAAAACAAUGACCACUCGCUUAUCAAUGACAGUUACAUUUAUUAUUGUACCAAUAUUAGUAAUAAGUUGUGUAAAUAAAUCUGGAAGUUUUCUUAAUCGAUAUUUCAUAUGUAGGACUAUUGUAGAUUGAGACAACCAUUGUGACGACCGUGGGCUAAACGUGUAGGUACAAUUAUUACUAAAAAGACGUUAUCGUAUAGGUGUACAUAUACAGUGGAAGCGGUGAGUGUACGAUUGUAGCGCGGAACAAUGUAAUCCAGCGAUUAGAAGUGAAAGAAACGACUCGCUUCGUAGGAAAUUCACUGUUUAAUUUCGCUUUAACAAAAGAGACUUGACAUUCGGAUAUUACACAUAUCGUAUUAUACUAACGAUCGCAAACGGUAUCGAUAUAAAGAUACAGUGUGCAGAGCGCCGCUAUUAUGAUAAUUUCCAUUACAUCUCGCUGAUAUGUGCCUAGUGUAAUGCUCUCCUCGGCUCGCGCGAGCCGUGCGCGACUAUAUACGAUGUUAUCUGCCUGUAACGGCCUAGACAAUGACGGUAUUUGCACUCAAGCACAACCAUUACUUUCAUCUUACAAAAUGUUACUCGAAAAACAACGCGCAAUUCAGGAAAUACAUAUACCGUUGCGUCUCCGCAUAAUUUUCGUUUAAUCAAAGAUUGCACAGAGGGUGUCUUUGUACUCGGUGGAAUGUAUUCAUUGCCGUCGCCUUCUAAUUAAAGCGCAUACGCAAGAAAAACGUCGGUAAAACAAUCUCAAAACAUCGCUCCUAUUGUCAACAAAGAGAAAGUAACAAAAUUAAUAUUAAUCCUCUCCAUUUCUUUUCAUCUCUGAGUGGAUGUUGCGUUUUUUUUUAAAUAUAAAACUACUGAAAGACGUUAUCGAAUAGCCCAUGAUUUUCUAACUCUCGGCGUCGCACAGAGAACGUUUUUGCGCCAAUAAACAACAAAUAACAACUAACUCGCUAAACGCACGUCUACUACUUUUGAUGGUAAAAUAAUAUACGAGGUCUGUCCGGAAA